CCAGGAUCCUCAGACUCGGUUAUAAAAUAUUCAGCAGCCAGAGAAGGAUUCGCGGGAGCCCAGGCCCGAGAUGAGCCUGGAGUCCCUGUUUCAGCACAUCAUCUUCAGCGAGCAUCAGGCCGAGGAGACUCGUCGGGUGAUGCGAGAAGUAAGGUCAGAAAUAACCAGAUGUCGUGAAAAAAUUAAGAAAGCAACAGAGGAGCUGAAUGAAGAGAAAAUCAAAUUGGAAUCUAAGGUUCAGCAGUUUUCUGAAAAAUCCUUCCUCUUUCAGCUUUUGAAAACUCAUGAAAAUGCUUUAGAAAGACAGUGCAAUGAAAUCACAAACCAAAGGAGUGUGCUUCUCCAAACCUUUGAGGUUACAAAGAAAAGAGUGACAGAGGAGGAAGAAAAAUUUAUUAAGGAAAUUACAAACUUCAAUAAUGAGUAUGAAAUAACAAAGAAAAGAGAGCUUCUGAUGAAAGAAAAUGUCAAGAUUGAAAUAUCUGACUUAGAAAACCAGGCAAACGUUUUGAAAUGGGAAAUGAAGUCAGUGGAACAAGAUAGUGGCCAGUUGAAUGAACUUCAAAAACAAAAGAGUGAACUGAUACAAGAAUUGCUUAUUCUCCAGAGAAAACAUAAAGUUCUUGAAGAUGAAGAGAAUGACGCCAUUUGUACUACCAAAAACCUAGAGGCAGAAAAGAUAAAAAUCAAAGAAAAGCCUCAAAAUGAUGCUGAAUGCUUAAGACUUAAAAAAGAAUUAGAACUUUAUAAGGAAGAGGACCUAGAGAGUGUUUAUGAAGCCCUCCAAACAGAAAUCGAAUUUCUGGAGUUUACAUUGGCACAGAAAGAACUUCAGGAAAAAAAAUAACUUUUCAAGAGGGGAUGACCCAUCUGAGACUUGAUCAAAGCAUCUUAGAAUCAAAUUGUUGUGAUGGAUGCAUUAGUGGUACCCAUUUCAGACGAUUCUUGUGCAAAA